AAAAACGUGGCACCGGAAGCUCAACAUUAUCACCCGGGCAGAAAAACCUCUCCCGUCUGUUUAUGUUUUAAGGGAGAAGUUUUGAUUUUAAUUUGUUUAACUGCUCCAGACGCAGCCAAGUGGCCUCAUAUUUAAACCGCAAGACGGUUAAAUUCUUAUUAAACGACCCACAAAGCAACAAAACUGGCCCCUCCACUGCCUGUCACCAUGCCCGCCCUGCUGGAGAGACCCAAGCUGUCCAACGCGAUGGCCAGAGCCCUCCACAAACACAUCAUGAGGGAGAGGGAGCGCAAGAGACAAGAGGAGGAAGAAGUGGACAAAAUGAUGGAGCAGAAGAUGAAGGAGGAGGAAGAGAGGAAGAGGACAAAAGAAAUAGAGGAGAGGAUGUCCUUGGAGGAAACCAAAGAACAGGUAAUGAAGAUGGGGGAGAAGCUUCAGGGACUCCAAGAAGAGAAACACCAGCUGUUCUUACAACUCAAGAAAGUACUUCAUGAAGAGGAGAAAAGACGCAGAAAGGAGCAGAGUGACAUCACAACAUUGACGUCAGCCAGCUACCAGCCCAGUCUGCCCAUGCACGCAGGGCAGCACCUCCUCAGCAUUCAAGGCAGUCCGGUCAGUCACAGUCGACCUGGUGCGCUGCUCGGAGAACGAAGCAAACAGCUGUUCCCAGCUGCUGUGAUUCCAGCACGUCACUAUCAGACGCCAGGGUUCAGCUCGGGCUCAGCGGAGCACGGGCAGUUCAGCGGCAGUCAGGGGGUCCAUGAGCCAUACGGAGUGGCCCAAGCCCAGCAUCCCUCCACCUACGCCCCUGGACCGUCUGUACCAGUCAGUUUCGCAAGCAGCUCUCAGAUCAGAGGUGCGUCUGCGUUUCAGGCGAUGCAGUAUCUCCCCCACCAGCAGGCUGGCUACCCUGUCCACAAUCACUUCACCUCUCAGCCUGGAUACAUCCCCGGAGCAGGAAUACCCCUCCAGAAGCAGCUGGAACAUGCCAACCAACAGUCGGGCUUCACUGACGCAGGUGCUUUGAGGCCCAUGCACCCCUCAGCCAUGCAUCCUUCUGCUCCAGGCCUGCUGCCCACACCAUCGAUGGCGGUCCAGAUCCCCACUGCAAAGGCCCCGUUCCAGAGCUCUCCCCAGGGCGCUCCUCGCCACGGCUUCCUCCCCCACUCCCAGAGCGGGCAGAGGUUCUACCACCACAGCAAGUAACUCACAGCCACAGUCAACCUUCGUCGUCGUCCCAGUUGGAUCGGAAACGGGCCGAAGACUUCAAAACGAAUAAAGUCAUUAGGAUGAGUUCUGCCAUAAUAAGAUUUGUGUUUUAUUUCUUGUACAGUAUCUUGUUUGAGCUUUGUUUUAACUUUGUUCAUGAGUGAUCAGCUGUCCCUUUUAAACUCGUGCGCUUCUGUAAAACAUCCAGCUUUGAUUUUUUUUUUUUUUUUUUUUUUCUACAUGACUUCAAACAAUGUGAAUUUGUAAAAUAGCUUAUUUUACCUACACUGUAAAGCCAUUCUGGAGGUGCUCACGUGCACUGAAAAUGUUAAUAUGUUGUAUAAAGCAAAGGCAGCAUGAAUCAGAGACUAUUGUUUGUAUACCAGCAUUCAUAAUCACAACAUCAGAGGGUUCAGUGUCUCGGCAGUAAAUAAAAAAUUUUUAAAAAAGAAGAAAAAAAACAGCAACACUUAGUUAGCGUAUGUGGAUUAAAUGAACACUACUACAGCUGAAACACUGCAGCUUAAUUGAAAGACCCAAUUUCAAUGUGUUGCUGACUUCUGGUUAAUCUCAUUACCUUAAAUUCAGUUAACAUGACUGUUUUUCUGACAAAACCCAUGGAGGAUUUUCAGUGUUUCUACAUCAUCCUCCGCAGCAAAAAAAAAAAAAAAAAAUGCAGUUUAAGUCUCUGCUGUUUUAAAGCUUUUGUGUUGCUUAAUAAAAAAACAAAUAAGCAAACGCCACAUCCAAGAGUUUGUGUCAUCUUUAUUGUUUUUAGCCAUGGAGACAUUCUGCACAGUUUGGACUUGCUGUAUGAACACAAAGUAAGGAUACCAAACUGCCACAACUUGUCUGCUAAGAGUACUUCCAAAUAAUACUCUGCAAUCCAGUCGUUUUUUUCUCCAAACAAGCUCAGUGUGAAGUCCCCCGGGCUGAGGUGUCUCUGCCAAGGAGUUUCUAAGAAGUGAAUGAAGUUAAAUGGAGGUUUGGCUGAAUUUGUAUGUUCUUGAAGCAGGGUUUUUGUUUCUCUUUGACACUUUCUUUUUUUUUUUUUUUUGUUAAAGCCUUGAGACAAA